UAGAGCUGUAUAAAAUAUUCUGAUUAGAUGUGUAAUUUAUUUCUGUUUUUGCACAGAAAUGUAGCCAACGUCUACAUCAGGCUUCAUACAAACAGAUUAAGGGUGGUGAUAUAAAACAGGAAAUCCAAAAUUGAGUGUGGAGAGAGUGAGGCGCUGAUCUGCACUUCAGAUGACAAACUGCGGCUCUGUGCAAGGUGCAUCCCUGUCCUGCAGAGUCCCUGCACAGGAGGACUGUACUGUCUGGAUCAGCUGGACGUUGCAAGAAACUUAAAUCCUGCACAGAUCUACAAGUUUCCACGACAAACUGAAGGAAAGUCUAGAAACUGAAGCUGAAUUGUAGGGACAGAAAAUCAACAGAGUAAAAGAGAGAAACCAACAACUUUCUCAGAGGAAUAAACUCAGGCUGAAAGUAGUGUUUGACCUUUGGACGACCUGAAGAGAGGAAGUGAAGCAUGCAGGGGAACGAGGAUGGUACGAGGCUGCGCUACAGGCUGACUCUGGCCUCUGGGAUGCUGGAGUGUCUGUGUUUUGCCGGCGUGGUGUUUGGUUACGCCUCCCUGGUGUUUGUGCUGAAGGAGGAAGACUACUUCAGUAAGCUAUGUGUCAGUGUUCAGGAUAUCAACGGCACACUGACCGGUAAAGACUGUAGCCAUCAGGAUGAGCAGUUCUCUCUGGUCUUCACCAUCGCAUCAUUCCUCAACAACUUCCUGAAUAUAGUCAAUGGCUACCUGUUUGAUCGCUGUGGCACCAUGGUGACCAGGCUGCUGGGAAUAUCUCUGUACACCACUGGAACCCUUCUUGUGGCCUUCUCUAGUGCAACAUUUUCAGAGCUGCUUUUCCCUGCCUUGUCCUGCAUUGCUGUGGGAGGAAUUCUGCUCCUUCUAACUAACAUGCAGGUGGGCAACCUGUUUGCUGCUCAUCGCUCCACCAUCAUCACCCUCUACAACGGUGCCUUUGACUCAUCCUCAGCUGUGUUUCUCAUCAUCAAGGUUCUGUAUGAACAAGGAGUCUCUCUGCACUCCUCCUUCUUUGUUUUGUCCUUCUGCAGUAUCAUACACCUUCUGCGGACCUUCCUGUUGAUGCCCAGAGCCCACAUCCCCUACCCUCUACCCCAAUACUACACCUAUGGAUUGAACUGUGGAAAGGCGAACACUUACAAUGUGGAGCAGUUUGAGAGGAUGAGGGAUGGCGGGAUGACUGUUUCACAGGAGUCAAAUGGGAGGGACAACACACCACCAGCACCUGAGGAUGGAACAGCAGCACAAGACUCAGAAAAAGUGGCGAGUUUCCGGAGCUGUGUGCUGUCCUGGUUCUUUCUGUGGCACGUGCUGUGGUUAUCCAUCAUGCAGCUGAGACACUACCUCUUCAUCGGCACGCUCAAUCCCAUGCUCAACCGACUGGCCAACGAUGACCCCAACCUGGUAAGUCAGUACACCAAUGCUUUUGCCAUGACUCAGCUGUGUGGAGUACUGUGUGCUCCUUGGAAUGGACUCAUCAUGGACAGACACAAGGGGAAGCCUCUAGCUCCUGGUAAAUCAGUGACCAGUGUUAUAACUGCAUGUGUGUGUGUGUAUGUGCAACAGAACAACUUUACUCAUUCCUUAAACAUUUUCCCUUGUGUAGGAGAAACAGAGCAGGAGGCAGACCUGCGCUCCUCCUGUCUCUCCCUAUUUCUGACCUCUCUGCAGUGCCUGCUGUUCUCUGUGUGCGCCUCCGUUCCUGUCCUCCCACUGCAGUACCUCACUUUUGUUCUACAAGUCCUCAAUCGUUCCUUCCUGUAUGGGGGAAAUGCAGCCUUCAUUAGCAUCGCUUUUCCAGCCUGUCACUUUGGGAAGCUGUUCGGCGUGGUGAUGUCCGUAUCUGCUGUCAUCUCUCUGCUGCAGUACCCCUGCUUCGCUCUGGUCAGAGGAGCUCUGGGUGGAGACCCCUUUUUUGUGGACAUUGCUCUGACUAUCCUUACUCUGCUGGUGUUUAUCCAUCCAAUCUACAUCUUCACUCACUGUAGGAAAUUAGCCCGCCACAGAGAGGACAACACGCAGAAUGUCUCCUAUAGCUCCAGACUGUCUGAAGCCAAGUUGUAGGGGGAUAAUAAAACCAUUAUUUUAGUCUCUGUUUAGAUGUUUUACUUUUCAGGUUGUAAAAUGCUUUUCUUGAAAGAAAGAAAAACAUCUCUUCAGUGGCCAAUCUGUUCCUGUUCAUCAUUUUUAACUAGAAAAUAGAGAUUACAAAGUUUUGUAUACUAGUUUAUUUUUUAAUCAAAGUGCACUGAUAUAAUUUCAAAUGUUUUUAAUGUCUGUGAGAACAGAAACACAAACUUCUUACAUGUUUUGUACAAUCCAAAAUGUGUUCAGUUUAAUAAAAAAAUAAGUUGUUAAA